GCCGUUUCUUGGACUCUGAGACAAUACUAGACAAUAUGGAUUACUACAAACCAAUGCGGGAUGCAUACAUCCAAAAGGAAAUGUACCCAACGGAGUACAGGAAGGACUACUUCCCGAAAAGCGUCCAAAACGACUCGCUGAAAAUUGGCCCCAAGGCUCCCUGUAUUCCCCGCUUCGUCACCAAAAUCGAAGGCAAUGCCGUUGAAGAAGGAGCUCGAGUCUUUUUUGAAGGCAUUGUUGAUUCUCAACCUCAGCCAAUCUUUAGUUGGUAUUUCGACGACGAAGAAGUGGUUCCUGGGGAACGAGGCUGGGAGGAUGUGGAGAUUCACCACUCAAGAAAAAUGUCCACCUUCAUCAUUCGCUAUGCACGGGAACAUCACAUGGGCAAGUACACGCUGGUGGCGCAAAAUCGUUUGGGACAUGACAUCUCGAACUGUGAUCUAAUAGUGCGGAAAAAGCAAUUCCCACCUGUGUUCUGGAAGCGCCUGGUAGACACGGAGACAUCUUCAGGUGCUAGAUUGGUGGCAGAAGUGGAGGUGGGUGGCUGGCCUCUCCCCGAGGUCACUUGGUAUAAGGAGGAUGAAAUUGUGACGAGCCAGGUGCACACCGAAAAUUACAAUGGAUUUCCCAACAGAUAUGUACCCGAGCGAAGGAUCGAGGUCAAGCAGAUCGACCAUAUCCGUUACAGUUUGGUAUUCCAUAGGAUUAGUGAAAGUGAUUCGGGAAUCUACACGUGUCAGGCUGUCAAUCCUUUGGGUGAAGCCUUGUGUGAGGCGGAAUUCAUCAUUGGACCGGGCGAAGGUAGUGUGGAAGACUUGUACCUUCCCGAGAAGUGGUUGACCGGUAACCGACUCUCAUGGAAAAUGGAGGACCAGCGACUCAAGCCCUGUGUUGGAUACCAAGAACCGGAACUCAGCCCAGAAGAUGUAGCCAACAUGACCAAGAAUGCCUCCAGCACGCCCCUACCGCGAGCUAUGGAAUACUUGGCCAGUCUGCCAGAUUAUGAACCCACUCCUCUGUCAAAAAUGGGCCUGACCCCCCUAUCGUUUACCCCAGAGAGUGCUCUUCAAGGUAUUCAAAAGCGACCCUCUGGAACGGGUGGCACUGCGCCUCGGCCCUCCAAGUUUACUCCGGGCGACAUCAAUCAUCGCGGGUACCGUUGCGACGACACGGGUAGAAUCCUGCCCAUUUGGAAAAACCCCUUGGACCCGCACGGGCGGGAUCCCGCUUUCAUGGAGUACAUGACAGUACCCAUGGACUUCCCCCCUGCUAAUGCACCUCCACCAGAGGUCGACGGACCCCACGGACCUCCUUAUUGGGAGUCGGACGAGACCAUUCAAAAACUGUACGAGAUGUUACGAAACAUGGGAUGGAGAGUGGAUGUAAACGAGAUCAGGAGCGAUCGCGUCGGCAAUAAGGCUCAAGCUCGGAAGCAAGAGACCGACGGGCCAACCUAUUUGCAAGAACAGGUCAAGGCCAGGAGGCAAGUGAUGCAAAAUACUCCUAGACGUGGCGACCAUGCACGCGAUGAAUGGGAGGAGCGCUUAAAUGCGAACGUCCCAGGGGCGCAAGGCAAUGCGGAGGACUUCACCAACCAGUUCAUGUCCCAGUUGCGGACCGACAACGCAAUCAGGUCCUCUUCUAGUGCUCAAGAAUCUCAUUUCAUGCACAGCUCUUCAUCUCGAGACUCGCCUCCAAGCUUACCUCCUAAGACCAAGAUCAUGUUCUCUCCUUCCCGUCAGGUUUUCUCACCCACCAACGAGAGCGAAGUCUCUUCCGUGACCACUUCAACCAACACUGUCGAGUUCAUCCCCGUCAAGGAGAAGGCCAAGAUGAUUGCCAUGCAACAAGAGCAAAUCGUUCGCAAAGAGGAGGUCCGGCGGCAAGAGGGAAAGGAGGAAGGUCUCAAGGGCGGUGUUCGGAUAUUGCCCCCAUCACCCGUGACUGUUCGAAAAGAAUACGUAACGGACGAUGGAAGUUUCCUAAUGGAGGAAGAGACUCAAAUGCAAUCGUCUUCAUCUCACAGCUAUUCAUACUCGGCGGCGUAUGGACAGUCCUCCACCACGACGAUAAUCAAUGGCCAAGUUGAGAGCCAAGGCUCAUCAUCGUUCCCAGGAAAUAUUCCAGUUCUAGAAGACAAAUAUUCCGUGGCGGAAAAUUUGGAGGAGCUUGCAACGGACACGCACAACCCAUAUCAAGAUGAGACCUUUGCUGACGAUCAGAGUGGAGAGGGAUUCGAGCAUGAUUUUGAUCGGCGUCACAUUCAACCUGAGGAUGUAUUACUUCUUCAACAAGAACAUACCAAGCGUCAAGAAAUGAUGAGAAGUCAGGAGACAAGCAUCAGCUCGGCUGAGGCUCAAGUCCGUAAUCGAAAAACCUCGUUUGAGAUGGAGCGGCUAGAAUUGGAGCCUCGAGUUCAAUUCAAAGAAGACGGAAGGAAUCAAUUGGUCUAUGGGUCAGGGUCCAAAUCUACUCCAGCCACUCCCUCCUCUCAACGGAGAUUUCGGGCUCCCUCCCAAUCAUCAAUGACGGACGAUGACGAUCGCAUUCACUAUAGAGAGCCUCCAACGGAACCUUUCAAGCCUGGAUUCUACAAGAAGCCGAACAACAAUCCACAGAAAAAUUUCAAUCCCUCAUUUAGACUGCCUCAUGAAAGGAGGAAGAAGAGCGAGGUCAAAUUUGCUUCUCCACUUCGAGUGGAUGACUACGAUGGUGACACCGAGUUCUGACACACCUGACACACCAUCCAAAGAACCUAACCCAGAUCUGGUGGAUGGAUGAUCCUUCAAUCUCACAUGAGCAUCGUUGACUAACUAUAAUUAAUCACGGACUAAAUUUCAAGCCUUCAGAAUAAAUAACCCCGUAUCUUGAC